UAUUGAUCAGUUUACCCGAGAUCUUUGUAAAGUUCAAGUGACUACUUGACAGCUAUUUGCUUUGUUUUAAUAUUUAUUCUUAGUUAGUAUUUAGUAUUACAAUUAAUAUUUAUAGCCUGACGUGAUUCUAAACAUUUGUUUUAUUGUUUUUAAUAAAGAGAAAGUAUUGUUCUGUUAUUGAGAUAUUUUAUGAUCUUCAUAGUUAAUAAUAAGAGUAUCUGUAUGAGAUUUUAUACAUCUGAACCCGAAGUUCCGUUGAACUCAUUACAAGAACCCGUAGCUGUUGGAAAAAUUUUCUGUCGGCGACAGAUUUACGAAUUUAUUUUCGACAGCUGUACUGAUUGCCGUAACAUGGCAGCGGUACCUCAGGGUGCAUUUGCAGUUUGCAAAGUUCAAGAACUUAUGGAGCGUAGAGCUCUAAUGCAAAAGCCUGAUAAUAUUGAAGAAGAAAACUUGGGUGGAUUUUUCAAGAAGAAUUUAUCUGAAAAACAAGAACUAACUCCCUUAAAGUACAACAGCAAGCUAAUGAACAGUAUCUGGGGACUGUACAAUCGUUACUCCGUUCAUAAUUUGAAAAAAAAUACCGACCCCGAAGGACUACUCGCUAAAACUUUGGGGAACGUACUGCUUUCCAGUACCUCCUCAAGUGCUUCAGCUAAAGUACCUGAAACAUCUGCAGAAGCUCAUAUUCUUUGAAUAAAAAAAAAAAAAAAAAAAAAAAAAAUUGAUUAG